GCCGAAGACGGUCGGGCAUGGGUCGGUGGCUUCCUGGAAAAAGUACCUGGCUGCUAUGGGCCAUGGUUCUCUCUGGAAGUCAAGAAGUCCUGGGCUCCUUCUAGAACUCCUGAUCGCCGUUAAGCUCUGGGUCCGAGAUUCGGAGGAUAGGCAGAGCUCAAGAGUUGCGCUCAGGGGCUUCACCGAUAACCAGUCAAACGAGGCGCUAGUGAAGAAGGCUAUGACUACGAAGUAUCCUUCUUCACUGAUACUGCUUGAGCUGACGGCAGAGCUGGCCGCUAAGAAGUGCGACCUCAGUUUGACUUGGAUUCGGCGUGAAGUUCGAUAG